GCCACCAGAAACUACUAUUUUUUUUACUGAAGCAACUUUUAAUUGCUGUCCCUUGCUCUUAUUGAAUGUAUCUUUUAACCAUUUAAGUUGAGGUUUACUUUCUCAUCUUCAUGUUCACCACCAUCGAUUUAUUUAUGUGUCAGUAAUCCCAUUCAGUACCAAUCACAACGUUUUUAUAAAACUAGUGUAAACCCCGCUUUUCAAGGCCUUAAUUCUCAAGUACCAACAUUUUGCCUUGUUUUUUUUCUAUCUAUUGUGAUCUUUUUGCCUUUUUUUCCUGUUUUUAAUCGCCUUUAAAUCUACUGAAUUCAGCUUUAUAUCAUGAAUUCGUUCUUAAGUAAAUUAAAUCCACGGAGUGGUAAAAAAAAAGCAUCCACAUCUCCGAUAUCCAGUACUGGACGAGCAUCUGAUAUUGGUCAACCUUUUGAAGUUAAACAUCACAUUCACUGUAAUGUAAACCAACAAACUGGUCAAAUUGAAGGUUUACCUCCAGCUUGGGUUAAGUUGUUAGAAGCCAGCAAUAUUACCAAUAGUGAACAGCAUGAGAACCCCAAAGUUGUAAUUGAUGUCCUCAAAUACUACACCCAUUCAAUUAAAAAGAAAGCCAACCAAGGAAAAUACAUAGCAACCCAAGAGACAAUUGAUGAAGAUAUAAGAGAAAUUGAAAGAGAAGACAGGGAGUGGGGUCCAAGUGGACCUAAAGGUUACCAUGGAUCAUCUGAUGGAUCUUUCAAGUCAAGCCAAGAAGACCUCAUCCAAGACAGUGAUAAUCAAAAAAUAGAAACAUCUAAUGAUGUAAACAAACAUGAUGUCUCUUACCCUGAUGUUGUGGUCACCGAUGUAAACAGUGAGAAUUCUAAUCAAAUCAAAAAGGACAAUCAACAAAUCAUUAAUGAUAUUACUAAAGACUUGGAUAAAGUUAUCGUGCAAGCGGAAGGACUUCUUUCUGAUUUUGAAGCUAAACGAAAAGAAGCUGAAAGAGAAAAGGAUGCCAAAUCGGGUUCCAGUAAGACUGACAAACAGCAAACUCAAGAUCAAACGCCACAAAUUCAAACUCAACCACAAGGUCAUCAUUAUCAGCAAAUUAAUCAAAACCAUCAACUUCAACACCAACAACUUCACCAGCAUAAACAGGUUCAAAAACCUCCAAUGCCUCAGUUGAGAAAAAAACGAGGACCCAAGAUUGAAAUGACCGAUGAAGAAGUGAUGCAAGCUCUUCGCGCUAUAGUCAAUCCUGGUGAUCCUAAAGAAAGGUAUCAACUUCUGAAAAAAAUUGGAUCCGGUGCAUCAGGAACAGUUUACACCGCCAAUGACAGAGUUACAAACACAAAAGUUGCAAUAAAAACCAUGGAUUUGACAAAGCAGCAGAAGAAAGAACUUAUCAUAACAGAAAUCAAAGUUAUGAGUGAAAAUACGCAUCCUAAUUUAGUAAAUUACUUGGACAGUUAUCUAGUCGGUGAUGAUCUUUGGGUUAUUAUGGAUUAUCUCGAGGGUGGGGCACUCACUGAUGUUGUCACUGAAACAGAGAUGUCGGAAGGACAAAUGGCCGCAAUUUGUCGUGAAACCCUUCAAGCAGUCGCUUUUCUUCAUUCUAAGGGAAUCAUUCACAGGGACAUUAAAAGUGAUAAUGUUUUACUUGGAAUGGAUGGAUCUGUCAAAGUUACCGAUUUUGGUUUUUGUGCUCAAGUCUCACCGGAUGAAAAACGUCAAACCAUGGUUGGUACGCCUUAUUGGAUGGCUCCUGAAGUAGUCAAUCGUAAACAAUAUGGCAAAAAGAUAGACAUUUGGAGUUUAGGAAUUAUGGUCAUUGAAAUGGUUGAAGGGGAACCACCUUAUAUCAAUGAGAAUCCAAUUCGUGCCCUUUAUUUGAUUGCUGUUCAUGGUAAACCUGAGAUUAGGCAUAAAGAAAAAUUAUCUCCUCAGUUACAAGAUUUUCUAGAUCGAUGUCUAGAGGUGGAUAUGGAUAAGCGAGCUUCCGCUUUGGAACUUUUGAAACAUCCUUUUCUGGAUAAAGCAGACAACUUGAAAACGCUAGUUCCACUGAUUAAAGCAGCGAAAAAGGUUCUAAAAAAAUGAAGAUACACAAAGACGAAGAAACACAAAAAUGUCCAGGCCCAGUGAUAUUAUUAUCAACCUAAUCGAACUCAAAAUCAAAGUUAUCACCUGAAAAGAAAAAGAAAACUAUUUUUUAUUCUUAUUUUGACAAAAACUUUUAUUGAUCAGCAUUUUAUAACAAAAC